AUGCUGCAACAUCAUCAGCAUCAGGCCCAAUCCGCGGGCUACUAUGACUACAACCAAACGCCGAGUCCCGGCAGCCUGACCAAUGCGGAUGCCCUCAACACAACCCCCUUCUCGGUCAAGGAUAUACUCAAUAUGGUCAAUCAAACGGAGGCAUACGACGGCGCCUACGGGCAUCUCGAGAGCGCCGCGGCCGCCUCGGCGCUCUAUGGCGCCGCCGACUACCAACAGCAGCCGCUCGAGCAGCAGCAGCAGCUCGCUCAGCACCAGCUACAGCUCCAGCAGCAGCAGCAGCAGCAGCAACAGCAGCAGCAGCAUGUCGAGGAGGAUGCCUUGGCCGGAUCCUCGCUGUCGCCGCUGCUGCCACCGCCGCCACAUGGUCAUCCUCAGCUGUAUGCGAGCUAUCACCAGGAUUAUGGCAUGCCCACGCACAUGCUGCAGCACGCCCAUCCCCAUCCACACGCCCACCCGCAUCCCCAUCAGAGCUACCAGCCGGCGUACAAUGUUGGUGCCUCUCAGUUCUAUGCCACGCCCACAGCUGGUGGAUAUCAGGGAGGCUACAACUACAACUACAACACGACGCCGGAUGUCUAUGCCAGCUCCAGCGUGCCGUCGCUGCCCGCAAGCAUUAAGAGCGAAUAUAUACCCACGCCGUAUGUGACGCCGUCGCCGACACUCGAUCUGAACAGCUCCACGGAGCAUGUGGAGGCGCAUGCUCCCGUCCACGCCAAGCUGGCCAAUGGUCAUGGGAAUGGCAAUGGCAUCGCGCAGCGGCUGCUCGAGCCGAGGGGCAUCAACGGACAGGCGACGACGGAGUGCCCCAAGCGAAAGGACAGCCAGGUGACCUCCUCCCGCUCCGAGUUGCGCAAGAACAGCAGCGGCAACAACAACAACAACAAUAAUAAUAAUGUUUGUGGAAAGCCGCGCAUGAAACGCAAGCCCCGUGUCCUGUUCUCCCAGGCGCAGGUCCUCGAGCUGGAAUGCCGCUUCCGGCUGAAGAAGUAUCUAACGGGCGCGGAGCGUGAAAUCAUCGCCCAGAAGCUGAAUCUGUCGGCGACACAGGUGAAGAUCUGGUUCCAGAAUCGUCGCUACAAAUCGAAGCGCGGCGACAUCGACGGCGACGCCUUCACCAAGCACCUCAAGCUGAAGCCCCAGUCGCCCACGUCCGCGUCCACAUCCGCGUCCACAACCGCGCUGCCCCCGCCACCCCCGCUGCCCAACCACAUGAUGUGGCCGCCCAGCGCCACGCAGCAGCAGCAGCAGCAGGGACAUCAUCUCCAGCUCCAGUUGCAAUAG